AUGAGUUUCACUCGCACAGAACACGUUCCCCUCUUGCCGCAAUCUGACCAUGGAACUUUACCGAUCGAAUCGCAAACAGCGCUUCGUAGAGUAACGGAGAGACGAGUUAGUGAUAAUCAGAGCUACAGAAAACCUGAUUCAAAGCUAAAAGAGGUACACAAUGGAAGCUGGCACAAUCUCGGAGUACCAACACAAUACUCCGGCUUUUUAAAGAGGCCUACAACUCCCAAACAUGAUCAAAGUCUCUCAAUCAUUCAAGACCUGCCCAUGAAGUCGGUACAAUUUCAAGGAUUGGAUGGCACAGAGUUGGUGCCAAAGGAGAAUCAAGAACAAGAAUUUCGUGUCCGUAGAUCCCAAUGGUUGAAAAGACGAUUGAGGUCUAAGAGAAGAAAGUUGUACAAGUGGUCAUUUUCUAACAAGAGCAUGAAAUAUAAAAAAGAAGCAAGAAAGUUAUAUCUUAAGGGCAUUGCGAGGAAAUUUAAUCCUGCUUCUCGACCUGCGUGCCACAAUGCCAAGAUACGUCCUCACCGUUAUCUUCAACCUUUUACAAGCUCAAGCUCGGACAUGGGAAAUGACAACAAUUGGUCUCAAAUUUUGGAUGUAUAUAUCUCGCAAAGAUGUCAUAGUAAAAAUGACAAUCUCAGUGAUACUACCGAAUUCACCAAGUGCUGGCCCCCACCUCCUUCUUAUGCGAAUAUAACAGUGGAUUUUCACACACCGUUAAUCUCUGAUCCGAAUUCAGACAAUAACCACAAUAUCGACACUGAAAGUGACACUGAAAGUGAAAACUCUUCUUCUUUUACAGUAUUUGAGAUAAGAAAUUCUGUACCGGACGAAGAAGUCAGACAUCCUGGGAGCUACGAUCUUCCAAAGAUGCCGGGUACCUAUCCAAGAUCUCCUCCGGAAUAUCGGCCAGGUAGUGAAUCUAUGUUCUUUUCGUCAGAAUUGGGAGUGGCUCAAUCACCUCCACAAAGCCAACUCUUCAAAAACGUAUAUUCUAUGGAUGUACCAAAGUUCCCACCAAAUAAUGAUGUAAAGAUGGAUGACGCGGGUGGUGCACAGUCCGAGAAAGAGUUUUCUCCACCAAGACGCCCCAAGUACGUUUAUAAACCUAGGGACUAUUCGUUGCGACCUCGAGAGCCCUGGGAAUUUCCAGAUCCUUUUCCUCUGAUGCCAUCACAAGGAGUCACUGCAGCUAAUCGGCCUGACUCAUCACAGCGCAUAUUCUCUACAGCCAGAGUUCAAAACGACACCGCAGACGAUUUUAUAGCCAGGAGACGUCGACGCAGGCAUAUAAUCGAUGAAGAAGACUAUUCAGAUGAGGAUUGGGACGCUCAAGGGGAACCUAGAAAGAUUCUCCGUCUGCAUUACCAGGAAGUGAAAAACAAUGGCAAUGAGUGGGAGCCGUUGACCGAUGAAAAGGCCAGAGAAUUAAUGUCGAGAGGAAGAGUCGAUAAAUAUGAUAAUGUAAAGCUGUCAGACACGACGGGAACUGAACUGUGUAAGCGAAGAGAGCUUGAAACGUAUCAGCGAAGAAAGCUUGAAAAUGAAUCACGGGAAAAUUCUCCUUCAUCUUCCUCAAAGCCAUGUUCAAAGCCUCACAAUAAUUCCAGGGCUAAUCAAGGCAUCGAAUCGAACACAGUGGCCGUAGGUCUAUCUCCAACUCCAAGACCAGAACGAAGCCGAGGACCGCGGGUGCGUGUUAACGGAAAAUUAAUUAGCCACGAGGAAAAGGAGAAGAGAGAAAAAGCCAGUCGUAGUCUGGUUGUCGAAUUGCGUCAGUUACAGCUUGCGUCGAUGGCUAUCAUGGAAUUUCUCGGGCAGAAUAGAUCGAGUGAUGGUGACGAAACUGUGAGAAAGCAAAAGAAGAGAGAAUUACAAGACAUUCGGGAUAAAGCAGUUUCCAUGGAAAUUCCGGCAACUGAAGAUGAUCGACAGAGGGCGGCCCGAAUCAUUUUUGAUAUAAUAGACACUAACAUGCGACCUGUCGCAAAUGGAAUUGGGCCUGAUGAUGUGAUGAAUUCUUCGCGCUGGUUCUCUCAUGACAGAUUUAUGAAUUAUAGUCGAUUAAUAUCAGCUAUAGAAAUGGAGUCAGACCAGCUAGAAGAUCAAAUGUGUAUGCUCCCCGAAGGCUCCGAGGAGUACAAAAAUCUAGAAAGUCGAUUUGAUUUUCUGGAAACAGAACAUGAAAAUUUGGAAAAGAGGGAGGAUUUCUACGCUGAUGAGACACACGACGACAAGCAAUGGUGUAAAGAUUAUGAAAAUCAUAAUCCGCCCUUGAUAACUGGAGACCCACGUCUUAACGCCGAAUAUGGUGCAGCGAUAGGGAAAUGGAACUCACAAGCCUCACCGCAAACACUAAAAGAAGAGGAAGAUGAUCUUCAAAAGGCGAUAAGAAUGUCAUUGGGUGAGAUUGAAUCGGUCGAGCCGGUGGGAGAAGAUACCAAGGGUAAAAAUAAACAAGUCAAGCCGCAACUUGUUCUGACUAUGCCCAAAGAUAAUGAGGGUCUGGCUGCACAAAGGCGCACGCCAAUCCGCCAAAGUACCAAUCUUGCAGAGGUUAUGUCAUCCGAAGCGCAUUGGAAAGAUAGUACAUCACUCGCGCAGUUUCAAGAUGACUCAAUGAAUGAGACUGCAGCGUUUGAGAAGGCCAAGGCUAUAUCGCGUGCACAGUAUCGAAAUGAGAGUCCACCACUCGACGACGAUGACUAUUAG